CAGAAUCGUCCGCUCUCCCCUUCACGAUCAGAGUCAAUUCACCCUAGCUUCAGUCGUUUUCUCAGCUGUUUAGAGGAAGUGAAGCCUUGAAAUGACUGCCCUGCACACACACACAUGGCUAGUUUGGCAUGUACGGAUGCCCGCAUGUUCUCCCUUCCUUCCAGCAAUUUGCCCUUCCGACUGACUCACAGUAGUUGCUCCCGCCUCGUCUGCUUGGCUUGUUCCCAGGCUGCCUGUUUGUUGGCAGUGGCAAGGGAUCCCGUGUCGAUGAUGCGCUGCCCGACGGCGGACUCCCACGCUUGCUGGUCCCUCCGGAAGCGGCCGAGCCGUCCCCAGCAUUCGAACGACGGGCAUCUCGUAACCCUGUGGGUGUAGUGGUCUCCCUUUCGUCGUGCGAUUGGCCUCGCGGCGCGGCGGCCUCCGACUUGGCCUCCGACUUGGCCACUUUGCUGGCUUCUUCUUUCCACAAGUCAUCGAAAAUCCUGCAAAAUAGAUAGCAUUCAGAUACCCGUUCCAUGAUCGGCACUUGUGCGUGCAUGUGCUGCGCGUACCGGACGACGAGAGAGAGCGGGAGAGGCACAGGGAAGGAUGGGAAAGGGGGCUGGGACACCUGUGCGUGGAUGCGAGCAGAGCAAAGCACAGGCUGAGGGAGAGGAUAAUGAAAGGCGUGUGCUCACUUGCAGCAUUUUCUUGAGCAGGAGCUGAGACUUCGGAGGCAGUGAAAACCGACCGCUGUUUGUUGACGACUCUCCUGAUGAGAACAGAAGCAUACACGUCUUCCGUAGAUCCGUAUCUGUUUGCACCUGCGCCUGACAGCCAGGCGUCCCUCGCAACGGCCCAUCUCACUGACCGCAUCCGCCCUACAGAUCAGAUAGAUCACACAUCUGCUGCGGUGUGCAUUUCCUGCGUUUCCUGGAG